AGAUGCUGGGGUUUAAAGACCGGAAAUACUGUAGGUCAUGUAAGUGGACAAGUGGUCAAAUACAAAUACGGCAAGUGUGGCUAUUUGGACAGGCGCAUAAAAAAUGUGCAGAGUGGUGCUUCCCCAAGAUGCAUACACUCUACAGGUCCAGAGGAGAAUCAAGAAUGAUCAAUUAAGGUAAAAGGGGUGGGGCCACCUUAACUCAAAGCUGUACAAAAUGGCAAAGCCAAGCACUGGUGUGUGUUGAGGUGUUUGUGUCAAAGUUUGUUAGGAUGGGGUUCCUGAAAGUUGUUUUAGUGGUGGUUGCGAUUGUUGUAUUUGAUCUGCCUGAUGUCUUGGGAAGUUUGAGGUACAGUCAUAGUCCAAGAAGCAUGGGGCCAAAAUCAGAUCCAGCUUCCAGAAGUCCUGCCCUUUCUCCUCUAGGGCUCUGGAACCCUUUGCAAGUGGCUUCUCAGUUUCAGAGUCCUUUGAGUCCCGGUUCCAAAAGCCUUGCACAGGAGCCUUUUGACCUUCAGGAGAAGCAGCUGUUGCAGGGUCCAGUGAAGCCUUUGGAUUGGAGGUAUCCCAUCGUUCCUGAGGUGCAGAGCGAGUUGGCGGUGGACUUUCAGUUGAGGCAACCUGUGACUCCCAGCAGCGUAGCAGUUCAAUGUGGCGAGAACCGGGUUCUCGUUGAGGUCCAGCAGGACUUUUUUAGCAAUGGUCAGUUGAUCCAGCCAACUGGUCUGUCUUUAGGUGGAUGUCCUGUUGUUGGUCAGGAUCCUGGGUCAGGAGUGCUCAUCUUUGAGUAUGAAUUACAGGACUGCAACAGCGUGCUGAUGGUAAGAACUGAGAUCUUAAUGGUGCACGGUCUUGGUGUAUGUAAAGUCUGUGGGAUGACCCUCUUGGUAACCACAAUCUUUUUACAGAUGAAUGAGGAUGAGCUUGUCUACACCUUCUCUCUUACCUACACCCCUGAGGUGCUUGCAGGCACUCCGAUUACCCGGGCCGAUGGUGCAGUUGUUGGUGUUCAAUGCCAUUAUCAAAGGCUCCAAAAUGUAAGCAGUGAUGCCUUGAGGCCAACAUGGGUCCCUUAUGCCUCAACAGAGGCUGGUGGAGAAGUCUUGCUGUUCUCCCUGAAGAUCAUGAUGGAUGAUUGGUCCUAUCAGAGGCCUUCAUACUCCUAUUUCCUGGGUGGUGUUAUUAACAUCGAGGCAUCUGUGAAGCAGUACAAUCAUGUGCCUCUGCGUGUGUUUGUGGACCGCUGUGUGGCCACUCAAGAACCUGAUGUGAACUCCCUUCCGAAAUAUUCCUUCAUUGAGAAUCACGGGUGCUUUGUGGAUGCCAAAACUACAGCUUCCAGUUCCCGCUUCAUGCCUCGGUCCCAGGUUGACAAGAUCCAGUUCCAGCUGGAGGCGUUCAUGUUCCAGGAGGGCAACAGUCCUUCUAUCUACAUAACAUGUAUUCUGAAGGCAACUAUUGCUUCUGCACCCAGUGACGCUCAGCGCAAAUCCUGUUCCUUUGCCAAUGGGUGGCUUGCUGCAGAUGGAAACGACCAAGUUUGUGGUUGUUGUGACUCAACAUGUGGUCCUGAUGGUGAAUUUGCUGCUUCUCCUUAUGGAGGCAUUCAAUGGGAAGGCAAGGCCUCACUUGGUCCUGUAAUGGUUCAAGGGCAAAAGAGAGGUUCUCAAUAAAACUGACAAAUCAA